AUGAGUGUGUUCGACCCACUUGGUCUUUUGACGCCUAUUGUCAUUCAAGGAAAGAUCCUUCUUCAACAAAUAUGGCGAUCUGGAAUAGGUUGGGAUCAAGAUGUGCAAGAUGACGAUCAUCUUGCACAUCUAUGGAAGCGUUGGAUUGGUCGUCUUAUUAAUGUUUGCACAUGUAAAGUUCCACGGCACUACGCACCAGAGCCUACUAGUUGCGCUAUUGAACUGCAUAUUUUCUGCGACGCCAGCGAGAAAGCAUACGCAUCAGUGGCGUACUGGCGUUUUGUACGAGAAGAUGGAAAGAUAUGGGUUGCGCUUGUCACCAGUAAAUCCCGCGUGACCCCACUAAAACCAGUCUCUAUUCCCAGGCUUGAACUUCAAGCUGCUGUUCUUGGGACACGACUUGCUUGUGCAAUAGAGAAAGAUCAUGACACCAUUAAACCCGCUAAAAGGUAUUUUUGGACUGAUUCCUCAGCCGUAAUCUCAUGGAUUAAGGGAGACCCGAGAAACUACAAAACCUUCGUUUCUAAUCGGUUGGGUGAAAUCGCAGAUAAUACGAAUAACAGAGAGUGGAGAUGGCUUUCGACGUCACAUAACGUAGCAGACGACGCUACCAGAGAAAUUGAAAAUUUAGAUCCCGAACACCGAUGGUUCAAAGGCCCGUCAUUCCUAUACCAACAGCCUGAAAGGUGGCCCUCUCACAGUGAAGUUGCUGCACCAACGAGCCUAUUGGAAAUUAAGAAACCUACCUACGAUGUCCUCCCAGUGAGUGCAUAUACUACUACAUGUUUGCCUGACAUCACCAGAUUACCUAAAUGGCUCAGACUCAUCAGAGCCACAGCACAUGUUUUUACAUUCCUGGAGAGUAUUCGAACGAAGGAACGUACUGGUCUUAAAUUGGAACAUAUCAAAAGAGCUGAAGAGGCAUGGGCAAAGCAAUCUCAAAGUCAAAGCUUCCCGAUUGAAUUGGAAGAUUUCAGAAAUAAUAGGCCUUGUGAUAAGAACAGUCGACUACAUGACUUGUGUUCAUUCAUUGACAAUCAUGGAUUAUUGAGAUUGCGGGGAGAGCCGGCGCUGUUAACGAAGUAG